AUGUCCCAGCAGGUAAUGAUGUCUGUUUUCUUGUAGUGAUACUCCUGUGUAACGAACGUCUUUACAGUGUAACUUUUGUAUAACAAAUCGUUCGGAAAUUCUGAAUCUAGUUGAUAUUUAAAAACUGCUCGUUAUACAGGACGUCAUUCUUUUUUGAACCUUUUUGACCAUUUUUAAAACUUCUUUGUCAAAAACCUUCAAGCCUAAUCAAUAACAACGUCAAUUCUCGUUCUUUAUAUAAAAUAUGCCCACAAAAUAAAAAAUUUGAACCAAAUGUUAAACAUCUAGACCACUUGGUUAAAAAUGAAAAAAAAGCUCAUUAGACCGCAAUCUCAAAACGUUUUUUUAAUUCGAAAAAUCAUUUGAAAUGAUUAGAAAAAUCGUUUGAAAUCGAUUAAAGCUUCUGUUUUUAAUGCUCAAGGCUAUUAAAAACAAAUGUUUUUGGGAGUUUUAGAGGUUUUUGAAAAGAUUUAUAUAGGGCGUGGGCAAAUUUUAAGAAAUUUUGAAUUUUUUUGAAAUUUUUUGAAAAUUUUUGAAAUUUAAAAAAAAAUAAAAAUUUUUAAAAAUUGAAAUUUUUUUAAAAAAAUGUUGAGUUUGGGCCCCCCUUUUUGAAAAAAAAGCGUAAAAAAUUUUAGAAAUUUUAAAUUUUAAAAUUUUAAAAAAUAAAAAAAAAUUUUUCAAUUUUAAUUUAAAUUUCAAACUCCCUAAUACCUUUAAAAAACCUUCAGUAGUAAUAAAAAUAAAAAAAAAUCUCACUUGUUCAUAAAAAUGUCGUAAAACGCUCGAGAACGCAUUAAAACCCAAGAGUUUUGUUGUAAUAGCGUUGCGCAACACUCGUAAAGUUUGCCAAGGCUAUUCGGUCGAAAAAACUUUUUUACAAUUUGGUAAGGGGUUUUGGCGCCAGUGUUCGAAAAAACGCGCGUUCCGUUUUUAUAGGCUAUAAAAUUAGGGAAAAGAGGUAUAGUAAGAUGGUAGGAAUGGGGUUAUGGUAGGGGGUACAGUAAGAGUAGAGUAGGGUAAGGAUACUAUUAAGGGAGGAAAGAGCGGGGGUACUUUAAGGGCAGGUCACGGUAAACUAAAGCAGAGUAGGGUAGGGGUACUGUAAAGGUGGGUAGUAUGAGGAUACUAUUAAGGUAGGAGAGAGGGGGGGGUACUGUAAGAGUAGGGAAGGGUAUGACGACUUUAAGGGUAGCGUAGGUGAACUGUAAGGGCAUAGGCAUUUUAUGAGAAGGUAAGGUAACAUAGAGUACUGUAUGUGCAGGGUAGGAUAAAGCAAGGUAGGGGUACUGUAAGAGUAAGGCAUAAAAGGGUAGGGUAGAACAGGGUAAGUUAGGGUAAAGUAGGGUAGGUUAGGGUAGGGUAGGGUAGGGUAGGGUAGGGUAGGGUAUGGUAGGGUAGGGUAGGGUAGGGUAAGGUACAAAAAUUUUGAAAGAAUCAAAAACCUAAAGGAAAAAAUUUGGCCAAUGAUUUAAUGGCUUCAAAAGCCUCAAAAGCAAUUAGAGUCUGAGAGUAAUUAGGCUGCGAUUUUGAGAGGCAUCAAAUUUUAAUUUUAUAACUGGAAAAUUGCGCUCCGCACUUAACCCUGCUUAGGACAAAACGUUAAAAUGAAAAAUGGUUUCUAGCUCUAGCUCUAGCUCUAGCUCUAGCUCGCUCUAGCUCUAGCUCUGGCUCUGGCUCUAGCCUUGGCCGCAUUAUUAAAGCCCUAAAAAAGUUUUGUAGUUUAUUAACGUGAAAACUAUAAUAAAAUGACGACAAGACUUUUUUAAAAUGAUUUUUUUUUCUAGAACUGCCUCAAAAGUACCAAGUAUUAAAAGCAGCCUAAAAUACAAAAAAAAAUCAAAAAAACCACUGUCUAAACAAAAAAAUUUCAAAAAACACCCCCUUCUCAAAAACUAAAGAACACCUCUCAAACAAACUUAAAAUUACUUCAAAAUUCAUUUAAUUCGCCUAAUGCCAUUCCUUUUUGCAGUAUGGCGACAAUUACGGCGCCACAUCGGAAAUGUAUGCGGCCGGAGCGUCGGCCGUAGCCGGCGACCACACCCAGAAUCCUUCGACGGCCGACUCGCUCAACUUUUACACGCCCAACUUGUCCGACCCGUACGAGCUGGGCAUGGGCACGUUGGGGCUGUUGGCUGGUGGAGCCAGCGUGCCGGUGGAUGAUGAAGAGUUGAAACGACAAAAGGACAAAAUUAGGGCGUAAGUUUUUUUUAAGUUUUGUUGGGUUUAGGCUUAUAAAAGAGGUUAGGCUUAAAAAUGUAAUUUAGGGUUAACAAUGAAUCUUAGACUUAAAAAUGAAAUUUAGGCUUAAAAAUGAAUUUUAGGAGUAAAAAUGAAUUUUAGGGUUAAAAAUGAGUUUUAAGCUUAAAACUGAAUUUUAGGGUUAAAAACUGAAUUUUAGGUUUAGAAAUGAAUUUAAGGCUUAAAAAUGAGAUUUUAGGCUAAAAAAUUAAAUCUUAGGUUAAAAUAAAAUUUUAGGUUUAAAAAGUUAAUUUAAGGCUUAAACAAUGUACUGUAGGCCUAAAAAUGCUUUUUAAGCUUAAAAGGUGAUUUUUAGGCUUAAAAAUGAAAUGUUAGGCUAAAAAUGAAAUUUUAUGUUUAAAAAGUUAAUUUAAGGCUUAAACAAUGAACUUUAGGCUUAAAAAAUAACGGUUAGGCUUAAACAAUGUACUGUAGGCCUAAAAAUGCUUUUUAAGCUUAAAAGAUGAUUUUUAGGCUUAAAAAUAAAGUUUGGGCUUAAGUUUUACUGACUCCUAAUUUUCACGAAAAAUUUAAUAUUUUAUAUUUCAGACACCCCCUAUACCCAUUUCUAACUGUUCUGUUCGAACGCUGCGAACUAGCUACCUCAACCCCACGCGACUUCAGCAAGGACCCCCAAAGUCGGAGCGAGAGCGCGGCCGACGCCUUCAAAGACGAUCUGAUGUCGUUCAUCGAGACCCGCAAACAUGAAGAGCCAAUCUAUUACGCACCCAACCCCGAACUCGACAAACUCAUGCUCAACGCCAUUCAAGUGCUCAGGCUGCACUUGCUCGAGCUGGAAAAGGUCGGUUUUAAAGAAGGGUUUUUAUUUGGAAGGGGUAGACUUUCAUAGAGAGUAAACUGUGCUAGGCUGGGGCUAGAGAGCUAUCUCUCAGUUCUGGGCAGGGGUGGCUUAUAAAAAGAGUUCUCCAGCUAGAAGAAAGGUUGGCUUGAAGACUGGUUUUAAUUAUGGCAGGGCUGGGCUGGCGUUGACUGGGCUUGUCCGGGUCAACCUACUGGUUUUUUAGAUCUAGGGCGGGGUAAUUUUUUCAAAAAUUUGUAAAAGACUGUUUUUUGGCGAAUAUUGAAGAACCUUUUUAAUUGAGGGGCGCUUUUAUAAAAUUAGGGUUGAAAAUAAACUUUAGGCUUAAAAAUGAAGUAUUAGGCUUAAAAAUGAAUUAUUAGGCUUAAAAAUGAAUUUUAGGUUUAAAAAGUGAACUUUAGGCUUAAAGAUGAAAUUUUAAGCUUAAAAAUUAAUUUUAAACAUUAAACUGAAUUUUAAACAUGAAAAUUACUUUUAGGCUUAAAAAUGAAGUAUUAGGCUUAAAAAUGAAUUUUAGGCUUAAAAAGUGAAUUUUAGGCUUCAAAAUAAAUUUUAGACUAAAAAAUGUAUUUUACGCUUAAAAAUGAAUUUUAGGCUUAAAAACAAAUACCACUUUGGUUUUUGUUGAUUUUCCGUUAUUUUGAACUGAUAAUUUUUAUUUUCGUUUUUAUCAAUGGCGAAAAUUAAAAGAUAAAGGUCACUUCCAUCAUUUUUUGACCACCUUAACAAAAACCACUUUGAAUCGCUUUUGAAGUUGUAAAGUCAUAAAAUUAGAACACUGAUAAACAAAUCGAAACUAAACUCCAAUUUAAAGUAGAGUGGGGAAAAUGCUGCAAAACGAAAAAUGGCUAUCAUUGACUUAGGAAAAAAAUAAUGCAAAAAGUAAGCCUAAGGCUCGGUUAAUACAUAUCGAGUAGUCAGUUUAAACUUUAAAUUCUAUUUUUAGGUUAAAGUUCCGCUUUCAAGCUUAAAUUCAUCGUUUAAGCCUAAGAUUUAUUUAAAUUCUAUUUUUAAGCCUAAAGUUUAUUUUUAAGCCUAAAAUUCAUUUUUAAGUCUACUUUUUCAUAUUUAAGCCUAAAAUUCAUUUUUAAGUUUAAAAUUUAUUUUUAAGCCUAAUCUUCUGUUUUAAGCCUAAAAUUCAUUUUUAUGAUUAAAAGUGCAUGCUUUUUUGUGUUUUACUGUAUGUUUUAUCAAAAGCGCUUGCCGUAGACUAUAAAACUACAGUAUCUUUUCGUAUUUGAUCUCUCUUUACUGUGCGGUAAAAUUCAGACUUGAAACGAACUAAUUUAAGUUCUAUCUUACUAGACUUGCCUUUAGGCGGCUAAACUACGUAAAACAUGCUUUUAUUCAAUCAAACUAAAAGAUUCCUCUUAUGCGGUUAAACUAGUACGACAUGCUUUUAGUUGUUUAAACUAUAACAUCUCCCUUAGGCGGUCAAACUAGUAAGACAUGCUCUUAGUCAAGUUUAAACAAAGCCAUUAACCGCUUGAAGUCGAAUCGUUUUUGAGUUAGUUGCUCAAACAAACCCAUGCCCUUAGUCGGUCAAGUUUAAACAGAUCUAUUAACCGCUCGAAUUUGAACUAAUUUUACUUUGCGGUAACGCGUAGACGACUUUUACUUUGCGGUAAAGCGUGGAGUAUCCGUUACAUCGCCACAGCUGCGGCGACAUCAAACGCCGUUAAUGGGAUCAACUUAUGGGGGGCUCAUUUCCAUGCCCCUAUGUCCCACUGCGCGAAAAAAAAGUGACCGUAAAAUGGCUGAGCCGACCGUAUAAUUGGAAUUGUGGGGGGGGUGAAAGUGUUUAAAAUAGAAAUUUUAAAAAAUGUAAUAAAAUAAUGACAAAAGGACUUAGAAGUACAGGGAAACUUAUAAAAAUCAGUCAAUAGCACAAUAUAAAAAAGCAAAAUAUCAAUGAUAAUAUAUAAUACAUGAUCAUACAUAUAUAUUACAGGGUGUAACAGAACUUUUGACGCACUUUGUAUACAUGAACAAUAUCUUAUUCCAGGUUCACGAGCUAUGUGACAGUUUCUGUCAACGCUACGUCCAAAACCUCCGGGAUCACAUGCCAAUGGAUGUUAUGAACGAAGAAAGAGCCGGUUCGGCCAACACAACCAAUCCAUCGCCGGCUUUGGGAACCCAUUCACCAGCAAUCCCAACCAGGACCUACGAACCACAAAGUGUACCACUGCCAGAGAGUAGUAACAUGCAUCUUCAUCAUGACGUAAGUGUUUUUUACAAAUUUUUAUAAGGGUGAGGAAAAAUUUUUUGGGCAGGGUAAAAAUUUUUGGGCGGGGUAAAAUUUUUUUGGGCGGGGUAAAAUUUUUUCGGGCAGGCAAAAUAGUUUUUUGUGAGGGGUGAAGGGAGAAAAGGGUGUUUAAACAUUUUUUGUCGAAAAAUUUUGAAUGGGUAAGGAGGGGGAAAAAUUUUGGGUAUGGUAAAAAAAUUUUUGGGCAUGGUAAAAUUUUUUUUGGGGUAGGUAGGAAGUGAUUAUGCGUCUUUUAUCAAAAACGUUUGAAUAGGGAAAAACAGAAAAAAAAUUUUGGACGGGGUAAAAAAAUUUUUUUUGGGGGUGGAUAAUUUUUUUUUGACAUAAAAAAAUUAAAAGAAGGUGUUUUUUCAAAAUUUAUAACAUUUUUACUAACCUUAUACCUCUCCCAUACUGUACCCUAGCCUUAUUAGCCCAAAAACUAUAAGCCUAGCUCAAGGUCAUGGAGAAUAUAUCGCCCCCCCCCCUUCUUCCUAUUAUAAAAUCCAUCCUUUUCGAAUUUGCAUAAGUCCACAUUUCCUUUUGUUAUGCCGAUUGGGCCAGGGAUAGGAUUAUACGUUAUAUUAAUACGUAGACUAUUGAAAAUGGCAUUGUUUUUGGCAUAUUAACAUAAAGUCAAGGUCAUGAGAAUUGGCUUUUUUAAGUCUAAAAUAUACUGUCAUACUCAAAUAUAAAAAAAAUUAAGAAAAUACACAAUUUUUAACCGUAUUUUACCAAAAACUUCAUUUCAGUCCGCAGCCCAGCCGAGCAUCGGCUUCGACCGGUCGGUGAAUACGCCAACAGCUCAAACCCCAAACUCGAGUACGACCGACUCACACACUCCAGGCUCGGAGCGAUUUCAGAACGUGAACGUCAGCAAUGGAGCUGACCUCAACAGCCCUCGGAAUGGGUAAGAUGAGGUUUUGUAAAAUACGACAUUUUAAAAACCAUAAAAUUCAAAAACUAAUUUUAAAAAUAAUAUUUUAAGGCAUUUUUUAAGCCUAAGAAUUUAGCUGUAAGCUAAUUUUAAGCCUAAAAUUUAGCUUCAAUUCGAAAGCUUCAUUUUUAAGCCUAAAAAUUAGUUUUAAGCCUAAAGCUUCAAUGUUAAGCCAAAUGUUCGUUUUUAACCCUAAAGUUUAUUUGUUAAGCUUAAAGCUUCAUUUUUAAGCCUAAAACUUUAUUUUUAAGUCUAAAACUUCAUUUUUAUCUUAAAAUUCAUUUUUAUGCCUAAAGCUUCAAUUUUAAGCAUAAUAUUUGUUUUUAAGCCUAAAAUUCAUUCUAAAGCCUAAAGCUUCAUUUUUAAGCCCAAAAACUUCAUCUGUAAAUCUAAAAAUUCUUUUUAAAACCAAAUAGUGUUUUUUAAGCCUAAAAUUUUCAAACUUCAGAAAAAAAACUAAAAUUCGUUUAAAAAUGACAAUCUUUUCAGGACCCAAGCCAACAACUCGCUGAACUCGUCGUCCGGCUCCACCACCAACCUACUGGAUGCUCGUUCUGAAGGUAUGUGA